GAACGAAAGAUGAGGCUCUGGGUGAUCAUCGGCGCCCUCGCGGUCGCGAUCCACGCGUCCAUCGCGGAGAUCACCAGGAACAAGAAUCGUGGCAGAGGAUCCAUGUGGUGGGGAAUCGCCAAGGCAGGAGAGCCGAACAAUUUUUUGCCGAUGUCUCCGGCAUCCCUGCACAUGGAUCCCACGGUGUACGCGACCUUGAGGAGAAAGCAACGAAGACUGGCAAGGGAAAACCCAGGAGUGCUGAUGGCGGUGGCCAGGGGUGCGAACCAAGCGAUCGCCGAGUGCCAGCAUCAGUUUCGCAAUCGUCGAUGGAACUGUUCCACUAAGAAUUUUCUGCGUGGGAAAAAUCUGUUCGGAAAGAUCGUCGACAGAGGUUGUCGAGAGACCGCCUUCAUCUACGCCAUCACCAGCGCGGCUGUGACUCACAGCAUCGCGCGAGCGUGCAGCGAGGGCAGCAUCCAGUCGUGUUCCUGCGACUAUACCCACCAAUCGCGACCACCAUCCGCUGUAAGGGACUGGGAAUGGGGUGGUUGUUCCGACAACAUCGGCUACGGCUUCAAGUUCUCCCGCGAAUUCGUCGACACCGGCGAACGGGGACGGAAUCUCCGCGAGAAGAUGAAUCUGCACAACAACGAAGCGGGUAGAGCGCACGUGUCCUCGGAGAUGCGUCAAGACUGCAAGUGUCACGGGAUGUCCGGUUCCUGUACCGUGAAGACCUGCUGGAUGAAGUUGCCGAACUUUCGCGUGGUCGGCGACAACCUGAAGGAUCGAUUCGACGGCGCGUCCAGGGUGAUGGUGAGCAAUUCGGAUCGCGUGCGAGGGAACGGGAACGCGAUCGUCAGCAACUCGGCGAGUAACUCGGUACACGGGCACCGGGAGGGUCUGGGUCGUCGACACCGGUACAACUUCCAGUUAAAACCUUAUAACCCGGAGCACAAGCCACCCGGUCCGAAGGAUCUGGUCUACCUCGAGCCUUCGCCGCCGUUUUGCGAGAAGAAUCCAAAGCUCGGCAUCCUGGGCACCCAUGGUAGACAGUGCAACGACACCAGCAUCGGUGUCGACGGAUGUGACCUGAUGUGUUGCGGCAGGGGCUACAAAACCCAGGAGGUGACGGUCGUCGAGAGAUGCGCCUGCACCUUCGUCUGGUGCUGCCAGGUCAAGUGUCAACUUUGUCGAAUCAAGAAGACGAUACACACGUGCCUGUAGAUCUCUUAUUUUUCCUCCGAUCAAGAGACUCCUACCUCCUUCCAGGCGAAGGACGCGUUCGUAGUCUCUUAUACGCAUCAAGGUGAUUGUAUUUUCCUUGUAUUGAUGUUGUAUCGACGCGAUGCAAGUCCAAACAGUCGAUACGACUUGAAAUGAUUUUACGCAGUUCGGAUUAACCGGCCGCGUGACGGAGGGCCUCGUUGGAUCGGGGUCUUCCUUGUCUCCCAGUAUUACGCGAAACGAUCGAGAGACCAUGUGAAGACUGAGACGGUGAGAAACGUUGUUGGACAGUUCGCGAUCGUAAGCUCCUUAAGACGAUAGACGUAAAUCGAUGGAUCUUCGUGGUCGACGUCGUUGUUUGACCUUUUCAUUCUUCUUUUUAUUUUUUUUUUUAAUAUUGUACAUACGGUAAUUGUUUUAUUUUCGCGAAUGCGUUCACAUUCUUCUUUCUGUCGCUUCGAAACAACGAGCUUCGAACUCGCCGCGUGCCUCUUCUUCUUCUUAACCGACUACACGCGUGCGAGAUUCAUCAGAUUCGUUAUUUAUUCCGAUCUUAUCGGCUCGCGUACUUGUAUAUACACAUAGAUUAUAAUUAUAUAAAUAUAUAUAUAUAUUAUUUUUUGAUAUCGCGCGAGAGAAACCUCGUUGUAAAUAAAACUAUCGACGCCGAAUUGAGACGGAGCCGACGCUCCGCGUUUGGAGCUCGUAAAUUAUUUUUAUACGUCUCUUCUCCGUGCGUUCCUUAUGCUCAGAUACGCGCGGCGUUGUCCUACAGGCUUGGAAGAAAUCGUUAGCCCAGUGUUUUAGAUGCUCGACUUCUUUCUCGUUUCGAGAAAACGGUGAUUAUGGUACUCGUACG